AUGCCCAGUAACAUUGCAUCAACAAAAUACAGAAUAUGGAGACUGGUUGUCUCAAGUCCAUUUGAAUAUUACAUCAUGACAAUGAUCGCACUGAACACUUUAAUACUUAUGAUGAAGUAUUAUAGACCAGAUUAUACAGAUGCUAAUAUGGGUAUUCCUGACUGGGAAACACAAAAAUAUCAGAAUUAUUGUAGUACAUUAGUGUAUCUGAAUACAGCAUUCACAGCAAUGUUUACAAUGGAAUGUUUGCUUAAAUUAAUUGCAUUUGGACCAAAGAGCUACUUUCGGGAUUCCUGGAAUACAUUUGAUUUUAUUACUGUAGUUGGUAGUAUAACAGAUGUACUUGUUUCUGAACUGCACGAUUCUUCAUUUCUUAAUCUAGGUUUUUUAAGACUUUUUCGUGCAGCUCGUCUAAUCAAGUUAAUCAGACAAGGUUAUACCAUUCGAAUACUUUUAUGGACAUUUAUUCAAUCAUUUAAAGCACUACCUUAUGUAUGCCUCUUGAUCACAAUGCUGUUCUUCAUUUAUGCUGUAGUAGGAAUGCAAAUAUUUGGUACGAUCGCUAUAAAUGAAGCUGAAGGACAAAUUACGAGUUAUAAUAACUUUCAUAGUUUUCCUUAUGCAGUCCUUUUGUUAUUUCGUUGUGCUACAGGUGAAUCAUGGCAGGAGAUAAUGCUUGCUUGUACUUAUGGACAAGAAUGUGUAAAUCGUUCAGCAAACAAUUGUGGAAGCAAUGCAUCCUAUGCAUAUUUUGUAUCUUUUAAUUUUUUCUGUUCAUUUUUAAUGCUCAAUUUAUUUGUCGCUGUAAUUAUGGAUAAUUUUGAUUAUUUAACAAGAGAUUCAUCUAUACUGGGAUCGCAUCAUUUAGAUGAAUUCAUUCGUGUUUGGGCUGAAUACGAUCCAGGUGCAAAAGGAAGGAUACACUAUACAGAAAUGUAUGAAAUGUUGAGAAAAUUAGAACCGCCUGUGGGAUUUGGUCAAAACUGCCCAUACAGACUGGCAUACAAGAAACUAAUUCGAAUGAAUAUGCCUGUAGAUAGUGCAGGAACAGUGCAUUUUACGACUACACUUUUCGCUUUAGUCCGUGAAUCAUUAGGCAUUAAAAUGGCACCAGCUGAAUUUAUGGAUACUAAAGAUGCAGAAUUACGUGAAACUAUUAAAACUCUAUGGCCAGUGCAAGCAAAGAGAUCUUUGGACCUGCUAUUACCCCCAGAUUCAGAGUAUACAUUCACUCGUUUAACUGUUGGCAAAAUAUAUGCGGGACUACUGAUUUAUGAAAAUUGGCAGUUGAAUAAGUCAAGUGGGAAUAAAGGCAGUUUACAUCAAUUGAGUACUAAACCUAUACUUGAAGCAUGUUUAACUCAAAUGUUAGGACAUGAUCCAUUUCACAGUAGCGGUCGUUUAGCGAACCCUAGUACAGAACAUUCACGUUAUGGUAGCAGAGUAGAUCUUCGAUCAGUCAGCAAUAUGGAAAUGGAUCAUAUGGCUACGGAGUAUAAUAACAAAGACGUUGCUACAAAAUACAAAACUCAUGCAAAUGAACUAAGAGAAAAGUUAAUUCAGACUAAACAACAGCAACUGAAAGAUGAAAACAAUCUGGACAAAAUGGUUAAAAACAAUAGGAACACUGAGAUCACAAACAACAACCAUAAUAAUAACGCCAGACAAAACUAUCCGAAUAUUGUUAUAUCACCAGCUGAGAAGUAUGAUAAAGCAUCAUAUAUUCAACAAGGUGAUAUUCAUGAAGAUGUAAAUGUUACCAGUGGGAAUGAUGAUAUGGAAGGCGAUAAUGAGAGAGAUGCACAAUUAACAGACAGUUAUAUAUUGAGAAAUUCGGACAAUUCUCUGACCACUACAACAAGUACAGAUUACAUAUACUAUCCUGAUUCAUAUCAUCAAUAUAGGCUACAAAAUUCCACUGUAACACCACAGGUACAUCGAAAUCCCCAAGUUAAUAAGAUUAAAGUCUACACAGAUAUGCCAGAUGGAACAGUAGUCUAUCGUAAUAAUAAUACUGAUAGUGAGAAUACAGACGAGAAUAAUAGGCAUUUAAUUCCAAGUAGUAAACAAAAGUUAAUCUUCUAUCCUCAUCCACCUGAAACAGAUAGUCAGUAUUCAACGAUAGACCCAAUGUUUAGUAAACUUAGGAAACUCAGUGAGAACUCUUCACGUAAAGGAAUAGAAAGAAGAGGAUAUGACCAUUCAUUUGGAAAGUAUAAACUCAAUCCUUAUCACCACCAGCAUACAAAUCCAUCAAAUUUAAAUUUCGCAGAAGCAGUACAUACAUUGGUUACGCAAGCUAACGUGAUGGCCAAAAGAAACAGGAUUAAUAAAUAUUUGCGUCGAAGUGUCAAGGAUGUGGAUUGGGAUACAAUUUCAUUUCAUCGAGUUAAUAUGAGUCCUCGAUCAAGCAAUCGUAGCAUAAGGUAUUAUAGAACUGGUACAUCAAGUCCGCAUAAAUACAAAAGAGAUAUAGGCGAUGAAAGUCACAUACAUUACAGAAAAUUUAGCACGAAUCCACCAAACCAACUUUUGACAGACCCACAUUAUUUGCACAGAUGUAUUCCAGUAAGAGAUGACCAGAUUGAAAAAGACAACUCUUUGAACGAACAGUUUCGUAUUCCUGGUUUAGGGUAUCUUCAAGAUAAUCUCUCAGUCUACGACGAUGCAUACAACCGGGAUCAUACACACAUGGAAAGACCUGCAUCUGUUCAUGAUAUAUUUCAGCUGAGUGACAUUAAAUACAAGGAGUACAAAACAAUGAAUUCUGAAAAUAUUCUAAAUAAUCCGACAAAUACAUUUUCACAUUUACCUAAAGUAGGACCUCGUGUUCAAAGUGAAAAAGACCUAAAUCUUAUUAACAGUAGGUUGUACGAUCUCAAUACAUCAAAUGUCUUAGGUCAAACCACAAAAAUAAUAGACAGAAACAUCGAAUUUCCCUGCUUACUGAAGUCACCCACAUCCAAUGACGACAAAAAGUAUCCCAAAAAGCACUACAGGACGUGUUCAUUAACUUUUUAUCCAAUCCCACCACCGGAAACUUCUUUUAGCUAUUCACUUGAUCCAACUGUUAAUGCUGUUGAUAAACAUUUAAAGCAGAAAUAAAGAAAAUAUUUUACGAAAUAAUUUUCUUUUCAAUUUCGAAAUCUUCACAAAAAUAAACCGAGAUAUGAUUAAAAAACAUCAGUAUGCUCAAAAGAAUGUUCACGAUACUCAAGGUUAACAGAUAUACAGCCCUACCACUGUCUAAAGUCAUAUGGCAACUAUGAUCAUAUAAGUCAUUCUUACACUUCUUGAUUAUUGUAGUACAUCAAGUGGAAAAACCUUCAUGGAUAAUGUAGUGAACCAUUAAAUUGAAAAUUAUCAUAAGAAAUAGCCCAUCAAACGUGGCUCAUUGAAUAACCACAACCUGAUGGUUAGCCCAUAAGCAAAUUUCAGUUACCAUCUGCUGAUGUAAAAAUACAGCGAAAUAAUGAAACAGUACAAUUUAGACACCGUGAUAGAAUAUAAUUCCAUAUUAGAUAAGGUUAUUUUAGAUAACAGACAGUGAUACAGUAUCAAUAACUGGAAAAUACUCCCAACACAAUUUAUUGCUCAUAGUCAUUUCAAUGUAUUCACACAACUUGUUUUACAUAGCCUAAAUCCCCAUUGAUUUUUAUUGCAAUUUCCCACAUAUCCAGUACAGGCGUUGCUUGGUUUCGAUUCCACGUGUGUGAUGUUGAAUCGAUAAACAAAGAUUCAGUGAUUAACCUCUGUCUCUCCACCUAACUAUAUUACUUCUUAAUACAUCUCCCUAGUCCCACUCUGUUAUCAUGGCAUUCAAAUGAAUGCAUUGCAAUGACCGAGCUGUUUUUUAGAUUAUUUAACUUAACAGGGUCAAUCAUCCUGGCUUCAGCUAAAUUCCUAUUUUCCGAUGAUUUAAUUGACCCCGAUCUACUACCUUGAUCUAUGAAAAUGACUUCACAUUAAUUACAUGGCAUUUCGUAAACCAACCAUCCUGCUGUCGUUUUAUUUUACAGUUUAGUAUAACUAAAUCACCCUGUUGAAAUUCAAACUUAAGUGAAUUGGAACCCAUUUCUUAAUGAGUUAAUAUGUGUUAAGAACUUGGAGAUAUGUUCAGAUUUCAAUACAUUGGAGGUGUCAUCCAGAUAUCUUCACCACAACUUCGCAGUAGCACUAAACGUUCUUACAGAUUUACGUGGGUUAAAUACUAGCAUCCAUGGGGAACCAACACACUCUAAUAAAUACUUGGACUUUGAUUAAUUCCAUACAGAAUCGGUAAAGGCAGGUCUAGUUAACCUAACUAGCAGGUCGGAUCCUAAUAAUGAAAUCAAGCACCUAAGGAAAACAUUACUCGUAAACAACUACCCACCCGGAUUUAUUCGAAAAUAUAUGAAUACACAUAAGAAAAAAUGUAAAUAAUAAUGAAAAUUUCAUACAAUUGAUUCUCUUGAUAAAUUUCG